AUGGCCGUCACGACCCCACUACUCGCCGGUCUUCUGAAGAAGGCCACGAUUGACGACCAUGACGAGAUCCUGAAGGCUAGCGCAGCGGCACUGAAGAAAUCGAAGACGGACAUACAAGCCCAGCAUUCCCGGACCAUUGCCCUCCUCAAGCUUGACCGCUACGACGAGGCUCUUGAAUUCAUCGAAGAAAGUGGCCAACCACUGAAAGACCGUGCCACACUCGAAUACGCCUACGCCUUGUACAAAACCGGCAAUUUUGACCUAGCGGCAGAGACUGCUGUUAAGACAUCAGGGCGUGGCGCUCAACACCUGGAAGCUCAGGCGCAAUAUCGAUUAGAGAACAGUGCAAGGGUGCUUCAGAUCUACCAGGACAUCAAGAGCCAGGGUCUAUUGGAUGAAGAGUUAGACUGCAAAAUCAACAAUGGUGGAGCAGAGGCACAGAGUCAGUGGUGUGGAGAGACCUCGACAAGGCGGCCGGCCGCGGACGAUCUGCAGCAAUUCGAGACAGCAUACAACGCGGCCUGCGGCAGCAUUGCGCGCGGCGAGUAUGCGCAAGCAGAGAUUCUCCUCAAACGGGCAAACGAACUCUGCAAACACCACGAAGAGCUAAGUGAGGAGCAGAAGGAAGAAGAGCUUCUACCAAUCAAGGUUCAGUGGCUGUAUGUCCUCCAGGUGCAAGGGAAGUUCAACGAGGCCGAUGCUCUGGCCAACGACAUAUCGACGGACGCCAUUCCUGAUGUGGCUACAAGAGCAAUUGCACAGAGCAACAAACUCUUGACGUCCUUGAAACCGGCCAAUCCUUUCCUCGUUCAUAAGGCCUUCAACACGCCGUUGAAGCCUGAAAAGAAUGACCGCCUAUUCUCGUUCCAGGCUACGCCGUUCGCUUCAAAUCAGAAGACCGUUGAUCUGGGAGCCCUCAAAUUCAAUGGCCUGACUUCGGCUGGGAAGGGAAAGGAUUCCACAUCCAUUCGUCCAGAUAUGGUGCUGUCGUCCACCUUCAGUGCCGCAGCUCGUGCAGAAAAUGAGGUCAGCAAAGCAGCCAUUAGAAAAGUCCUGCCAGAGCUUGAGCGGACGCCGAACAAUGUGGGACUUGUGCUGACCCUGGUUCAAAUGUACGUCCUGACAGGCAACACGACAUCAGCGGUCGAACUUAUGCAAUCCUUGUUCUCACGGCUGGAAACCUCAACGAAUGAGAACGAGAAAAAUGUGAGGUACAAUCCUGGUCUCGUCAGCGUUCUGAUAGGAUUGUUUCGCAGCCAAGGGCGAAAAGCCAGUAUACAGCAAGAGUUGGCGAAAUCUGCUUCAUUCUGGAAGACAAAAUCUACGGCUCCCGCAUCUCUUCUGCGGGCCGCCGGGUCAACCUUGCUCGUAACCGGGGACCCUGAAGACGCGAGAGUGGCGGCGGACAUCUUUAGUAAGCUCCGAGAGCAGCAACCGGAUGACAAAGCGGCCAUUGCCGGGUUUGUGGCUUCACACGCCGCUGACGAGGCAGAAUCCGUUGAUGGUGAUGCGGCUAAACUGACCGCAGUAGCGGCGCUGACGCGUAACAUCGAUGUGGAUGUUCUAGAGAGUGCUGGCAUCCCGCAGUCCUCGAACGCUCUAGCAAUCGCUCAGCUAACUCGAUCUCGCAAGCGAGCAGCGGAUGGCGAGUCAUCGAAGCCCAAGCGAACUCGCAAGUCGCGCCUUCCCAAGGAUUAUGAUGCUAGCAAAACGGCGGAUCCGGAGAGGUGGCUGCCGAUGAAGGAUCGUAGCUACUAUCGGGCGCCAAAGGGACGGAAAAAGGGCAAGAAGGCUGGUGGUGAUACGCAGGGAGGUGCGGUCAACGAGAGCCUGAACAUCGAUGCCAAACCCGGCUCAAAUGCUCCGCAAGGAGGUGGAGGUGGUGGAGGUGGUGGAAAGAAGAAGAAGGGGAAGCGAUGA